UGUUGAGAGCAGGUGGAAGCCGCACAGUGUCGCUACUGCAGCUCUCUGCCUGCCUCUCACGAAACACCAACCCAUUGGGGAGAGAGCUGAGAGCGCAGAUCCGAGGCAAGGCAACUCCAGCGCAGCAGUCAAGGAAUAUUCAGCGAAUAUCAUAACUUAUUUUUUUUUUUGAAAGCACAGCGUUUAUCAGCCUCGCGGCUGCGGAUAGAAGACACGGAACGGGUGGGAUCAUAAGUUGUCACCUCGUCUGAAUAAGUUAGGCUAAUGAAAUGGCAUUAGGUUUUUCUGUGGUCGCCAGAGUGAACGCUUGACUAUCAGGAGAAUCGAAACGCCGCUCAGCUCGUGAGGGAGUGCAGGGAUCAUAUUUCCCGACUCUCUGUGAUCGCAUUACUUGCUCGAAGCCGAGGCCCUGGAAUGGACUUAUCCAAUAGCUAAUGCCAAGACUGGAUCUAUUUUAAUAACAUUGUUUUUAAAGACACUGCGUUUUUUUUCAAGUUCGCUUCUUCUAACGUUUUUACAAUUGAAGGGUUGUCCCAAAACUCCGCGGCAAUGGGGGAGCAGCCAAUCUUCACCACCAGGGCCCAUGUGUUCCAGAUUGACCCGACCACCAAGAAGAACUGGGUCCCAGCCAGUAAACAGGCAGUCACCGUGUCCUACUUCUACGACUCCACACGCAACAGCUACCGCAUCAUCAGUGUAGAUGGAUCCAAGGUAGGGGUGAUCAUCAACAGCACCAUCACCCCCAACAUGACCUUCACCAAGACCUCCCAGAAGUUUGGCCAAUGGGCUGACAGCAGAGCCAACACCGUGUUCGGACUGGGGUUCGCCUCCGAGCAGCAGCUGGCCAAGUUUGCUGAGAAGUUCCAGGAAGUGAAGGAAGCAGCGAAGCUAGCCAGGGACAAGUCACAGGAGAAGAUGGAGACAUCGAGUAACAAUUCCCAGGAGUCGGGUCGUGAGACCCCCUCGUCCAACCAGGCCUCCAGUUUCAAUGGGACGGAUGAUGAGAAGAUCUCCCACGGAGGACCGGAGACCGCAGCGCUGAUGAGCGAGAAUGACAAACUCACGACCACUGUGGAACAGAGUAACACCAAUGCUAAGAAGUUGGAGACAGAACUCCAGACUCUGCGGGACAGUAAUGCUCGGCUGGUAGACUCGCUAACAGAGUCCUCCGCUAACGUAGAGAUCUGGAAGAAACAACUCAACACCUGCAAGGAGGAGAGCGACACACUGAGGGAGAAGAUAGCAGAGUUGGAGUCUCAGUGUGAAAAGGCCAAUGUGGAGAAGGAGAGGAACUCUAAGCUGACUGUACGAGUUCAGGAGCUGGAGACGGAGCUGCAGGACAAGGAACAGGAACUGGAGAACCUGAGGAAGCAAGCAGAGAUCAUCCCUCAACUGAUGGCAGAGUGUGAGAGCAUCACAGAGAAACUACAGGCUGCUGAGGUGAAGAACAAGGACCUGGAGGAUAGGAUAGAGGGUCUUCAGGCCGACAUCGAGGACAGCCAGUCCAAGCAGGGCAACAUGAAGGGAGAGCUGAAGAAGUUCAUGGACGUCCUGGAUGGGAAGAUUGAUGAGCUGCACGAGUUCAGGCAGGGCCUGUCUAAACUAGGGGUGGAUAACUGAGGGAGGAAGAGACAGAGGAGAGGAGAGAGGGAUGGAGGGAUGACCGGUUAGAGAUGGAGGGUUUAUAAAUACCUUCAGGACAGGACUCUGUGGUGCCACUCCCCCAAAGUGGAGACCACACUGAACCAAUCAGCUGUAAACACACUACACACUACACAGUACAAUGAGGGAGGGAUGGGGGGUAGAGAGAGGCCAGGGCAGGCAGGGGAUCACCUGAUGGUUCCAUCUGGUGUAUCAGUCAGUCAGUGUUCUGGAACUAGAACCUAGAGUCUUCUCUCUGGUUACUGCUCUGUCUCUGUGGGGGGAGACAGGUUCCAGUUCUAGAACAGAUGACAGGUUCUAUACUUCUGUCUGUUGUUUCUACAGGCGGAACUAAGAGGGAAGAAAGGGUUUAAAAAGGGCUACAUGUAAACUACAACAACUAAUGCAGUACAGCAACAGUUAAGUAAUAAUCCCACUGGCCUCUUUAUGACAUGAGGGAAAUAUAGAAGAUAUAUACUUUUUAAGACUUGUCUUUAUAUUGUUGCUUCAUGUCGAUCUCAGGUGUGUUUAAAGACAGUUUGUUACUUGUUAGUUAAUAUGCGCACACACGACAAAUACAUGACACGGCGGUGUCAUCAAGUGCCUCAGGAGAACCGGCCAAACUAGACGGAUGAUGACCAUGCAUCACCAUAGUGACACACUAAUUAAAUGUUGCUAUGAAAAUUAAAAAUGUUUAAACAUUAUUUAAGGAAUCCUAGUAGUGUGCCAACCACGACAGGACAACAGCAACCACGACAAGACAACAGCAACCACGACAGGACAACAGCAACCACGACAGGACAACAACGACCAGGACAGGACAACAACAACCACAACGACCACGACAGG